UAGAGUGGUACAGAAUCGUUCCAUACAUCGGAUGUAUGUAUUUCACGCGCCUCGUAGUCAGAUGUCAACGAAGGACGAGAGACUGUGACUUUCAGCUGUUUUCAAUAACGUUGUUCUACGAGUGUAACGUUGCUUUUCACAUCAGCAUGCAGCUUACUCGUUGCGUUGCGAUAAUAAUUCUUCGUUUGCUCGGAUCGAUGGUAGCGGCGAGUUGCGAGGGAUCGAUAACAGUCGCGAAAUGGGGAUCGAUCGAGGGUCGAAGCAUAGAAAAAUACACGUUAAAAAAUAAAUCGGGUCAAGAGGUGGAUAUCGUAACGUACGGUGCAACGAUAACGUCAGUUAGAACGCCGGAUAAACAUGGUAACAUCGCAGACGUUGUUCUGGGCUAUGAUAACAUAGAAGGAUACUUGUCAAAAGACAACCCGUACUUUGGUGCGACCGUAGGAAGAGUCGCGAACCGUAUAGGAGGGGCAGAGUUCGUUCUGAACGGAAAGAUAUAUCGUUUAGCUAAGAACGCAGGAGAGAACAGCCUUCACGGUGGUUUCAAGGGUUGGAAUUCGAAAAUAUGGAACGCUACGAUCCAAGGCGACCGUCUGGUGCUUUCCUUGUUGUCCGAGGACGGCGACGAAGGUUAUCCCGGUGCUGCCAUAGCCUCGGUUACCUUCCAGCUAACCACCGAUGGAGAAUUCCGCAUCGAGAUGAAAGCUUUCGUUACUAAACCAACGCCUGUCAACUUGACUAAUCAUAGUUACUUCAAUUUGGCUGGCCAUGUUCGUAAACACGCCUGUUUAUCCGUCUCUUUACCUUCGUGCCAAAUAUUUAACAGAAGGACGAAGAAUUUCAUUGACACUCGUACGCAUUAUUUUCUGAUCGUGAUUUCAUUUCAGAAUACUAAUUCGAGCGAACUGCACAAACAUCGAUUCACCUUGAAUGCGGAUCGUUGGACGGUCACUGAUGCUGAAAGCAUUCCAACCGGCGAAAUUCGAUCGGUCGAAGGUUCCCUCAUGGAUCUUAGAAACUCGACUACGCUUGGAGAUGUGAUCGAUAAAUUACCGGCUGGUGGUUACGAUUACAAUUUUUGCGUAACGAACGCUAAUUCGAAUGAAAAGAAUCUGGUAGCCAAAGUUGAACAUCCGACUUCUGGCAGACGCUUGGAGGUUUUCUCGAAUCAACCAGGUGUACAGUUUUACACGGCUAAUUUUCUACCCGCACCGGGUACCGUGGGUGUUCAAGGCAAAAACGGAAGCGCGUAUUUUAAACAUGCAGCGUUUUGUUUAGAAACGCAAAACUAUCCGGACGCUGUCCAUCAUGUAAGUAUCAAUACGUGUGCGAUCAAAUUGCUUUCUACUCUUUGUUUCGGAUUUGAAAGAGUUGAGAAUUCGUCAUUAUUUUCUAUUCAAUUCAUAUCUUUUUUAUAUAACUGUUUACAGGAAAACUUCCCAAAUAGCAUUCUCGAACCUGGGCAAAUUUAUCUCCAUACAGUUGUCUAUAAGUUUGGAGUUGUAGCUUAAAUCAAGCUAUUGGGAAGCAGGUCGUCGACUGAUCUUUGAUAAAAACAUUAUUAUAAUAAUGUGAUACUAAGUUGGUCUACAAUCAACGUUUAUACAUUUGAAAUACAUGUCUCGAAUUAUAUUCCAACA